CAAGGAGCUGUGCAGACUGCUGCAAGACAGGCUCUGGAUAGCACAACACGGACAACUUUCUCCCUUGUGAUUUUCUGAGAGGAUCUGUUCGUUUGGAUUAUAUUCUUUUAGGACUAUUAAAUACAAUCAAAGAAAAAUAGUCGUGCGUCUUAAGUACUGUCUAAUUCUAACAUUGUCCAAAAGAAGGGGAGCUGCUUUUUUUGUUUUUAUUUUUUGAUAUCAAAGUGAACUGGGCUGAAGUUUGAAGCCUAUUUGUUAAAGGGUGAAGGACAAGUGCAAUGCGUGUCAGACUUGUCUCUUGGGAUUGUCACACUUGCGCCUGAGGAGCUAUGUCGAGCUGCCGCGCAGAGCUUGUUCAAGAGGACGCAGUCCAAUGUGAAUAACAAGAGUCAACUUCAAGCCUCUUCAGCUUUUCACACUUCCAAGCAAGUGCAGCACGGAGUUUCACCGAGCCCGCUGAGCAGCUCUGACACCCCGGUUUCUCUCCCCCCGGAGGGGAUGGUUGUGGAUCCUCUGGGGCCAGGAGCGACUCUGGGGCUCCUACAGAAGAGCACAUUUUUCUUGUUUGGGGUUCAUUCUAAAUUAAAGGGAGAUGAGAGCCGCUCUUUGUUACUUCCUGCUGUGGACGGCGUACCUGCUGCUGGCCACUGCUGAGGAAGUGGAGUUUCCCCAGGAGCUGAUAGACAGACUGUCCCACAGUGAAAUCCACAGCAUCAGCGACCUCCAGCGGCUACUGGAGAUUGACUCCGUAGGUACGGGAAACGAUGUUAUCGAGGAGCCCAAGCACCACAAACACCACAACCACCAUAAGAACUACUCCCGUCAUCACGGUCACUACAAUGACCUGAAGAGCUCGCAGCUCCACAGCCGACGCAAGAGAAGUAUCGUCGAGGAGGCGGUCCCGGCGGUGUGCAAGACGCGGACGGUGAUCUACGAGAUCCCCAGGAGCCAGGUGGAUCCCACGUCUGCUAACUUCCUGAUAUGGCCGCCCUGUGUGGAGGUGAAGCGCUGCACGGGCUGCUGCAACACCAGCAACAUGCGCUGUCACCCUUCCCGCAAGCACCACCGCACCGUUAAGGUGGCCAAGGUGGAGUAUGUGAGGAGGAGACCCAAGCUGAAAGAGGUCUUUGUGCGGUUAGAAGACCACCUGGAGUGUGUGUGCACGUCACAACAUCAUGUGGUGGAGCACUCAGACGCAGAAACAGUGGACGUGAGGUGAGACCAAUCAGAACAAGGGACUCCAGCAUGGGAGGGACCUAAGUAGAGGAUGUUACCAACAGGAGACCUGCUCUGUCCUCUUCCCCACUGCCAUGCAACCUUCGUUUGGAAAAAAACAAAACAAUUCUGUACAGACAAGAGACUGAAAAAUAGGCAACAGACAAAAAUGAAUAAGAUGCCAAAGGUGCUUUUUUUUCCUAAAAAAAAUCCUAAAACAAAACAAAACAAAACAAAAACCAGUGAUGUUGACUUCCUCUGUGGUACGCCACCUACCCAGACAACUGAACCCUGUCGCUGAUUAAGAAGUGAAGAGAAAUAUGCUGUGGAGCUUGAGCAGGGCAGAAAGAGGCCGAAGGGGAGAUGAUGAAAGGGAUUUGUGUUGAACAUUUUGACAGACUUUGUUUGAACGUGACGCACUACAGAAACGGCUAUGAAACGGUUGGAUCAAGCUUUCGUGGGAAUCUGGUGCUCAGACUCAAAAAGCAGCGGUGGAUGACCUCCUGCUGGGCAACAUAAAAGUGCCCUGCCCUGUUUAAAUGACUCUUGCAUACACAGGAAGAAAGAAAGAGAGAUAUAGGAAAACAAUGGAAAGCGCUGGAGUUGUGGAGGUGUU